UUCAAACAUAUCUAAUUCAUUCCAUGAUCACCAUUGUUUCGUUUCAUUUCAUUUUGUAGAAAAACAAACACAAAACAAAAAAAAACAUUACAUUCUUAAAAUGGGAAUUUGCGUUGGAAAACCUGCCAAUGUUGCUCAUGCUUCUUCCUCUCAAUUUCUUGAGGAUAUGCUUAAUAACAAGCGGAAAUUAGAUUCAAAAGCCACAAAGAACCAAACAAAAACAGUUAGUUUCAACAAAGUUCCAAAAGCUCAAAAAGAUGAUCAUCAGCCUGUUCCAGCUAACAUGAAAGCUUUUAGUUUGACUGAUCUCAAGACCGCCACAAAGAACUUCCGCCCAGAUAGUCUUCUGGGUGAAGGCGGUUUUGGUCAAGUGUUUAAAGGAUGGAUUGAUGAGACCACCUUUGCUCCAGCCAAACCUGGCACUGGGCUAGUGGUGGCUGUCAAAGUACUUAAGGCCGAAAGCAGCCAAGGUCACAGGGAAUGGCUUACUGAGCUUGAUUUCAUGGGGAGGCUUCGUCAUAAAAAUCUUGUCAAACUGAUAGGCUAUUGCUCAGAAUGUGAAAACCGGGUUCUAGUCUAUGAAUUCAUGCCUAAAGGAUGCUUGGAAAAUCAUUUGUUUAGAAAAGGUGUUCAACCUAUGCCAUGGGUCAUAAGGAUGCGUAUUGCCAUUGAUGUAGCGGAGGGGAUAUCUUUCUUGCAUAGUCAAGAACCUAGUAUCAUCUAUCGGGAUUUGAAGGCUUCUAAUAUUCUGCUAGAUUCAGAUUAUAAUGCAAAACUUUCAGACUUUGGUUUAGCAAGGACCGGUCCUGUAGGAGAUAACACACACGUUUCAACCAGGGUUGUCGGGACCAAUGGCUAUGCUGCACCAGAAUAUGUUGCAACAGGGCACUUGACUCCAAAGAAUGACGUGUACAGCUUCGGGGUGGUCUUACUAGAACUCCUAUCUGGAAGACGGGCCAUAGCCGAUGAAAGAGAAGGUGGGGUUGAAGAGACAUUAGUAGACUGGGUGAAGCCAUUUCUAAGUGAUACCAAACGCGUUUUAAGAAUCAUGGACUCACGGCUUGGUGGUCAGUACCCGAAGAAGGGUGCACAGGCCAUGGCUGCACUCGCAUCAAAGUGUCUCCAUAAAGAUCAUAGGUUCAGGCCAGUCAUGGCUGAUGUUCUUGCUACUUUAAAAGAAAUCCAUAAUGCUCCGAGAGACACUUCGAGGAUUUCACCCAUUCGGGAGCAACAAAAAAUAGGGAGAUGAGUGUAUACAAACUUGAGAUUGAAUAUAUAAAAUUUUAGUACUCCAUUUUACUAUGUGAUGUACAAACUUCAGAUAGAAUGUUACAAACUUAAGAUAGACUGCAGAUAUAUAAUAAGGUCUACUUUGGCUGUAUUGUAUGUGA